ACAGAAUGGCGGGCGGAUGUUGAGUGGAUGAUGGACAGUCUGGUCCAGUUUCUAAUGUCUCCAGUCUGGAGUUUUCACGUGAACAAUUUUGUUGAUCAGAAUUGCUUGAUUUUUGAUACCGAAGAGGAAAAUAAUUUUCAUACACAGAUGCUCAUCGACAAUACCAAAACUAUUAAACUAUUUCAACCAUUAUUAGCCGUGGACGAUUUCUUGUUGUUCAAAUCAAUAAUGGUACAACGCAAUCUCCAGUUAGAUGAAGAAGUGCUUAAGAACUUGCAAGAUUCAGAAACUUCUCCCAUUCACAAUAAAGAAGUCUCAUCAACUCCAACUUCAUCAACACAUGUGAAUGAGGAAGACAAAAUAUUGCAGGAUAUCUUACUAAAGAGUAAAAUAGAACAUGAACAACAUGUUCAACAGGAGGAGGAACAGUUUCAGAAACUAAUAAGACAAGCCACAGAAGAGAGUUUGAAAACUUAUGAACUAGAAGUAAAGAAGUCAGCGCAGGCAAACUCUAGUGAUCCAGUACUUACUCCAGGUACUGUAAUGAUCAAUGAGGAAGACAGUGUACAAAAAAGGGAAGACUAUUUGAAGCGACAACGAGACCAGUUGAUUGCACGCAAAGUGAAGAAAAGAGAAGCUGAGUUAAAAGAUUUCUUAAAAGAUAAUCCACCAUCCUCUGAGAAUGGAUCAGUAACACAUCCUCCUAUGAAUAAUAUUGCUGUGAAUUGUCAAAAAGAGAGAAAAGCAAUUAAAGGCAAAGAAAAGAGAAAAGCAAAGCCUGUACUAACUCCUGCAGUGGCUGACAAAAUAACACACUGA